AAUAUUCCAAUCAAAAUACUUUUUUAGGAGCAGGCUACGCCACAUGGUUCUUGGAACUCUUGUACAUAUAUUCCCCAAAAAAAUUGAUUAUUUUGGUCUACUAUAGAGUCGUAGAAGAAAUCCCCUAAAGAGGCUUCACCCCGAUUAGCAUUUGUAACGUUUUUUCAUUAUUUGGCCAAAAGGCAGUGGAGUUGACAGCCGUUUGUUAUUGUUCCAUGGCGAUGUCGCCAUCUGUUCGCAGCUGUUUUUUCUUUGGCUUUCAUGUACAUCUUCGGGUUGUUUAUUAUUUUGUUGGUUGGAAAGCGGAACAAGCCAUUAACAAAAUGUCUCUCCUGACGGACGCUCGAUGCUUUUUUGCCAGCAUUGCAUUUUCCAUUUUAUUGGAUCGAUGCGACGGCCUUGGUGGCCUUAGUCUGAUCGGGAUUGCAAAUAUUCAGGACCUGCCACCGGCCGAGGGUCAAAUCCGAAUCCUGCUGUUAACUCUCCUGGGCAUUGGUUUUCUUAUGUUCCUCGGCUGUUUGGGAUGUAUCUGCUGCUUCUGCCGGAUGUCCCCGACCGCCUCAUCCAAGUCGGAUGGCCUCGAUGUCUAUGCCCCGCGCACCCAGAGCAUUGUGUGGCCCACUCUCCCCCAAGAAGCCGCCAGGGUUUUGGAUAUGACCUUCCGACAUGUCCCCACCCCAGGUUGUCCCUGUCGCACUUGCCGUUCGAACAGAAAUUCCUCCUGCAUCGAAAAUUGCGGUGCCAUCACUCAGUCUGUUUUAUGUUUAAUUCUACAGGACUGGCCUUGGCCAAGGCCCGUUUUGGGCCCGAACCGUUUAAGUUUGUUCAGUUGCCUUCGAACGGCAGUCGCAUUCAGCAGCAGCAUGCGGCAAAGUGGCAAGGAAAGUGCCGCCAGGUGGCUGUUUUUGGUGGCAACCUCAAUCACCUGGCUCCAACUGAUGAAAACCGAUGACAACUUUACGGACUUUGACUGGCUGAACGAGACGCAGCUGUUGCAGCUGUACGAGUACGAGUACGAUGAAAGUGAGAAUGAAACUUUUGAGAAUUUCACGGAAUCUAGUGAGGAUUUGCGGGAGCUGGUGCAUAAUUUUAUUAUUGAGAACAAUAGCACAGACAUUGGCGACAAUACCAAUAGCACAGACAAUAGCAACAGCACCAACAAUAGCACCAUCAGCAGAAACACCGACAACAACAGCAGCAUCCCUGAAGAAAAAGUCCCAUUCGAAGAAACUCGAAAAAGUCACCACAUGUCUCGGGUCUUGAUUAUGGCCCUUUUUCUACACAUAGCUCUUAUAGGAGCUGGCAUCACUAUCUACAGCUGUGUUUAUUGCAAAAUGCAGACCCUGAAGCUACGGAGAAGGUCAUUAGAGGCUCGACGGCGCCUUCAGCUAAUGAGGAUGCAGACGCAGCAUGUGCCCAAUAUCGGAGAAUGUCCUUGCCACGGCUGCAUUAUGGCCAGGGAGAUGGUGCAGGGCCUAAUCAUGCAACAAUUUCAGGAACUGGUUGAAUGUUAAGUUUCGAUUCAAAUCGAUACAAUAAAUACGAAACUAGAAAAUA